AUGAUUGCUUGCUAUCCUGGAAAUGGAACUGGGUAUGUUCGUCAUGUGGACAAUCCGAAUGGCGACGGGCGCUGCAUCACCUGUAUUUAUUACUUGAAUAAGAACUGGGACUCCAAGCUGCAUGGUGGAAUUCUUCGGAUAUUCCCAGAAGGAAAGUCCUAUGUAGCAGAUGUUGAGCCGAUUUUUGACCGUUUACUGUUUUUUUGGUCAGAUCGAAGGAAUCCACAUGAAGUCCAGCCUUCUUAUGCAACCAGAUAUGCCAUGACUGUGUGGUAUUUUGAUGCCGAAGAAAGAGCAGAAGCCAAAAAAAAGUUCAGGAAUUUAACCGAUGCAAGGAAGAGAGAAGCACCUCUUAAUGAAGAUUAAUCAACUGUUCCUGAACUCUGUGUGAGGAAAUAAGAUCCCAAAGAUGACUUCUAUUUCCAGCAAACAAGGGCAAAUUCUUGUUAUGCACAAGAACGCGCUGGUUGUGUCUAGCAUGUGCAUCUUGUAUCAAUGGUACUUAAGGCAGCCUCCUGUCAUGCCUGCAUCUGGCAGAAGGAACACUUGUUUUCUAUUUGCCUUUUGCUGGAACAAAUAACCAGGGUUUAAAAAAAAAAAAAAAAAAAAAAAA